CCGAGAAUGCAAGCUAAGUGCCCAGUGUUUUUGCAGUAAUUUUAAUUUAUGAUACUUUUGCGAUACAUCGAUUAAGCAACAAUUAACGAUAUGUACCUGGUAGUUACCGAAAACAUCCACCUAAUUCUCUUAGCAACUUUGGCCGUACUCAUCUACGUCUACUUCAAGCGCGCCCAUUCUUUUUGGCGCCGUAUGGGAGUCCCGCAACUGAACCCCACCUUCCCCUUUGGUGACGUGGCGUCCGUCGUACUUCGCAGGCAGAACAUGGCGGAAAAAGUGAAGGAAGUUUACGACCGAAUGAAAGGCCAAAAAUGUGUGGGAAUGUACUUCUUCAGCAGACCCACCUUCUUGCCGCUGGAUCCGGUGUUGAUCAAGGACAUCCAAAGCACCGACUUCGAGCACUUCUACGACAGGGGCAUCUACUACGAUGAGGAGAAUGACCCCAUCAGCGCGCAUCUGUUUUCCAUAGCAGGUCCCAAAUGGAAGCGACUUCGAGCCAAGAUGACCCCAGCGUUUUCACCGGGUAAAUUGAAGUAUAUGUUUGACACCAUAGCCCAGUGCGGUCACCAGAUGAUUGACCUGCUGAAACAGCUGACUUCGGAGGAAAGAGGUGCAGUGGAAAUCAAAGAAAUCUUAGCUAGGUACACCACGGAUGUCAUAGGAUGUUGUGCUUUCGGUCUUGAGUGUAACUGCAUGAGAAAUCCUCAAGCUGAGUUCAGGAUGAUGGGAAAAAGGGCCUUCACACAGACCAUAGGAGAUCUGCUGAAGAUGAUCGUGAUCAGAAGUUUUCCCUCCUUGGCGAGGCUCCUACGUAUUGGAGUCUUUUCAAGAACGGUGACAAACUUCUUCUACCGAGUUGUAAAGGAAACCAUAGAGUAUCGGGAGAAGAACAACGUCACCAGAAACGAUUUCCUUCAACUGCUGAUCCAGCUAAGAAAAGAUGGACAACUGGAUGACAACCAGAACAGCGAAAAUGCCAAGGUUCCUGGUGUAACUGGUCUGACCAUGGAAGAAGCAGCGGCUCAAGCCUUCAUCUUCUUCCUUGCCGGUUUCGAAACGACGUCGACCACCAUCAGCUUCGCUCUGUUCGAAAUGGCGACAAACGAAGAUAUCCAACUUAAAGCAAGGAAAGAAGUUGUUAAAGUUUUCAAAACAUUCGGAGGUCUUAGUUACGAAUCUGUUAUGGAGAUGCAUUAUUUGGACACCAUCAUAUUCGACUCUAAGAAAGUACCCUCCAGCUCCAGCGUUUCUGAGGAAAUGCACAAAGACCUACCAGAUACCAGGCACUACCAGUUUCAUCAAAGAAGGAUUAUCAGUGAUCAUACCCUGCUAUGGGCUCCAUAGAGAUCCAGAAUACUUCCCAGAGCCCGAACGGUUCGAUCCGGAUCGUUUCAACGAAGAAAAUAGAUCGAAAAUUUGGGACUACACUUACAUACC